AUGAAACAGCUCGCGAAGGAGUCUGUCGACGAAAUGAAGGCACAUCAGUUUUCCAUGGGUCGCCGGAUAGCUCAUGAGAUGAAGGAACGGCACACGGUCACCAAACAGUACAUCGCAUGCCACUCAAAAGCGAACCGACAAGCUGUUCUGGACAGCCUUGACCGCAUGAUGCAGCAACUUGGCAACCAGUUUGCUUCCGUAGAAGCUGACAUGCUCGAAGGUUUUGACAACGUGUCGCUCCGUUUGAGUGAGCUGGAGAACCGCCUCAACGCAGGCUUGAGCGAAGCCGCGGUAAAUGCCAUGCAGAAGAUAGACUCACUUCUGCGGGAGAGCGAAGUCCAACAGCAGACGUUUUUGUUGGAAGCCUUGUCAUCUGCAGUUUCGAACAUUGAUCAGAAACUUCAAGAACAGACAGCCGACAUUGCCGAAAUUGUGCAUCUCGAGGUGGGGGCAGCCUUAGCAAGCAUGGCCGAAUCGCAGCGCGAGAGCACUAAUGACGUCGUCGCAGCCCUUGGCGACACAAGCAAUGUCAUCUCUUCAAGGGUUGACGACAUCAGUGGUAGCGUCCUAGACAUUUUGCAGACUCAGCAGGCGGAUUGGCCCGACAUGCUGAGCAGGCUGUCCACCACCAUCUCGCGGGAGCUGGUCGCCCAGGCGGAUGCAGCGGAGGUCCGCGCAGCCAGCCGCUCGGAGCAGCUGGAGCAGCUUCUGGCAUCUGCGAUAGAGAGCUCUUCCUCCGAGAACAGGGCCUUGCUUCAGAGCCUCCGAUCUGAAGUGGUCAAAGGUCGAGCAACGGCCAUCACAGCAGUCCAGGAGGUUGUGAACAACUUCCGCUCAGAGGUCUUGCAGGCAAUUGCUACUCCGAUGGAGCUGGUGCUCCGCAGUACCGACAGCAUCCAGGAAGGAAUGGCACAGGGCUUUGCGGACAUCGCUUCAGAUAUGGACACCAUGUCAGCCGAGGUCCAGCAAAACCAGCAAGCCUUGCUUGCUCUCGUGACGCAGUCCGAAGGGGCGAUGGUGAAGCUAGAUGGAAUACAGCAAGGUAUUGCCGCACUUAGUGCAGAAGUCGCUCGUCUGAACGCGGACGUGCUGGAAGGCCAGAGGCGCUUGACAGAGGCAGUAUCCGUCCUGAACGCCCGCUUUGACACGUUGUCUCACCUGGUCGAGGACAUCUUGCGCAAGCAGAAGGACUUUCACCUCAGCGAGAUGUUGGAGCGCUUCAGGACCUCGUCAAUUUUGAUUGACGGAGCAUUCCUAGACUUCGCUCAGGUCUGGCUGCCCAACAUGACUGAGCAGGCCCGUGCUGUGAAGCAUUCCCUUAAUGAUUAUGUCGAUUGCAAGGUGGGCAGAAAAGCGUUUGCGGGAAAGCUUCGACAGGAGCUGAACACAAAGGCAUAUCUCCUGAGCCAGCUGCAGGGUCACUGGAGCACAGCGCGUGACCAGUUUGCCACGCUCGCCAGCAUCCUCGUCGAGAGCCAGCUGCUGAAAUUGCAUUUCGAGUCGGCGGCCCUGCUUGUGACACAGGAGGAGAUGAAGGCUCUCCAUCGCCAGCUUGCGCCUGUGCCUUCAGAGUUCUGCAGCGUGCUGCUUGGCCCAGCUGCUGCGAAAGCAAUUCGCUCGCUGAUCUUGCAGAAGCUGCAGCAGCCCUUGUCCCUUGCUCGGCGCGUCAGUUCAAUCUGGAAGCAGGUGUUAAGCAUGGCCAGCGAGCAGCAGAGCAUGGGCCGAACCGUAGGGACCGCUGACCUGGAGUAUGUGCGCACGGCCUAUGUUGCCGUACUGAAGGAUCUCAUGCGCCUUCGUGACAGGGUCAUCGAUCCCACUGACAGCAUCAUGCGGCAGUUUCACGUGCAAAUUCUGGAUGUUCACCUGCCUCAGCUGUGUCCUGCCCCUCCGGCCUGCGUGUCCCAAGUCUUCAUACAGCACCAGGAAGCCCGCACAAACGAGCUCGUCGCCUGGCGGAGAGAGCAGGGGUCUCUGACCGUGGUCAGGCGGCCAUCAAAUCUGCUCAAGCUGCAGGGCAUGUUUGCCUGGAACGUGGAUGCAGCAGACGAGUCAACAUUUCCAGCGCAGCUCCCGCCGGAAUUUGCGCAAUCCGUAUACCUUUGCGAAGGCACAGGCGCGGACCUCCGUGCCCACAGGGCUGCGGAUGCAACGAAUGCCAAUGCGUCCAUCCUCGCUGAGGCCUUCCGCUUCUGCGGCCUUCCCUUUUCGUCCAUUGACAGCUCCGAGCCCCGCUGCAGUUCGAGCAGCUAUGGCGCCUUCCCUGUUGACAGCUGGACGCCUGGCAGUGGAGUCAAAGACGAUCUUUUCUUGCAGUGGGAGCUGGAAGCCCAAGAAGAAGGCCUUACGGGUGCGGCGGCUGUUUGCGGAAAUGGCCAGGCGGAGUUCGGAGAGGCACAGAUUGCACACGCCUGCGACGAGGGAGGCCUAUCGACGGGUGGCUGUCUCGAGUGCAAAGCCGUUGCCGAAGGCUGGGAGUGUCCCACUGCGGGCCCAUGCCAGGCACGCUGUGGUGAUGGGCUGGUGUUCCCCAGCGUGGAGGAGUGUGAUGACGGUGGCCUCCUCUUGGGCUGCACAUCUGCCUGCAAGCUAGCGGAAUGCCAAAGAGUUGAGGCAGCAGCCCGACCGCUUGGAGAGGAAGACAUGGAGAUGGAGACGUUGUGGAUGGAAGCCUACCGCAUGCCUUCCCCGCCAUCCUCCGAUCUGCUCGCCAUGCAAGGCUACAAGCUGUGCUUCAACUUCUCCGGUCCCGACAGUUCCGUCCCCAGAAGUGCCUUUGCAGGCUGUGCUGGAGCAAGUCGCCUCACCUUCGUUGUUGCCGGACGCAAUGGCAGUGAUGCCGACAUGCCAGAAGUUUAUUGGGACCGCAUUGAUGUGGACUUUGGCUCCGAAGUCUUCGAUGCAGAGCCAGGAACAGUGCGCAGUUCUGGGCCUCAUCAGCUUCGUGUGCGCCAGCAUGGAGAUGGCGAACUCGGUGACCACGAGCUCAUCUUGAGCUGCCGAGUUGGGUUUGAGGUUUGGGAUGCUUGCGUCUUGUGGGCUGUUCGGGAGGGUAGCCCAGGGUCAGCCAGGACCAGGCAUGGUGAAAGCACAGGAGCAGAAGCCAGGUUUUUGAUUUAUACGGCGCCCGAGAAUGCAGAUUGGAGAUGUGACCAGCGCAGUGUUCCUCACUGCGGCGACGGCCGCUUGACUGGGCAGGAGGACUGCGAUGACGGGAACAAAGAUGACGCCGAUGGGUGCUCCGAGAGAUGUACCGUCGAAUCUGGCUUCCUCUGCCCGUUGCCUGGGCUGCCUUGCUAUAAGGCAGUUUGCGGCGAUGGCGUCGCAGGUCUUCCAGCCUUCUCCCCUAGAGUCAUGAUGAGGCAAAGGUACCAGGUGGUGCUAUACCACUACUGCCAGGACUUUGAAGGCUUCUUUACUGCGGAAAGCUAUGAUUGCUGCAAGCAGGGUCCCCGCCCGACAGACUUUGCAUGUCAGUCACGGGAUGCGGUGUCUCCUGUCCAGCAGGCAAUGAGGUUGCGCGGCCACGGCGCCCGAUGGCUGCAGCCUCAGGCCGUGGCCUUUGCCUACGAGGUGGGGGUGAUGGAGCUCAAAGGCCCAGAGCAAGAUCAAGCGUUCCAGUGCACUUUGGGUGUGGAGUGCGUAAUCGAGGUGGAAGGACAUGGGUUGGGACAGGGCAGCGUGCUUCUGCUGGGAAGGGAGAGCUGUCCGCUCGCCUGGCGCAGCCUAGCUCAGCUGGGUGCCGCCCAGCUGCGGGUGAGCAGCAGUGGUGCAAGUUCUGGGGACGAGUGCUUCUUUUACAUGAAGCCCUUGGAGUCAGACGGGUCACACGACGAGGCCGAGGUGGAAUUGAUGACGGGGUCCGGCGGCGUGCAUGCAAUUAUCUUUUCAGGCCACGUCCUCCAAAACACGGCUCGGUCCUACUCGGCUGCGCUGGAUGCACUGACGCCCUACGAGCUAGCAGCUGCCAUUCAUGCGCAGCCGCCGGGCACGCUGGUUGCCGUGGCUGUGGCGGGCAACGCUCAGGACACCUUCCGAGACGAGAAGUUCCUUUCAGCUUUGGAAUAUAUAGGUGCUAAGUCACCACGCGCUUUCGUUUCCGGAGACUCCUAUGCCUUGGUCGGGUUGGCAGCCGGCCCAGCUUUGGCAGAGAGCUUGGAACCCAGCAACGACACGAGCCUCCAAGUCUUCGUGCCCAGUCCAUUGCCGCAGCGGCAGGUGAAUGAGAUUGGGGCCACCUCUUUAGGCACUCUUGUGCAGGGGGGCGGCGCAGACUAUCCACUUUGCUGGAGCUGGCAGGGUGUCGGCGACUUGGUGCACAUCGGAAGCUUGCAGGUCUUGGGACCGGGUCCUGACCGGCAACAGUGGCAAUGCAUGGCUGGUGAACCUUGUUUUUUGGAGCUCACUGGUUCAGGCUUGACGCUGAGCAGCAGCCUUGUGAUUGGCAGGCACGGCUCCUUAAGCUGCGAAAUGGACUCCGACGAAGCGGAGAAUGGCUUGCAGCUCGAGACUUUCCCAGAAAUUGCAGGCACCGAUGGGGCGUCAGCCAAGUACCACAUUGGCACCACUACACGCCGUACGGCGCCUCACUUCUCCAUUUGCUGGCGCGUGUCGCCAUCGGCCGUUCCGGUGGUCAUUGGCGCUCUCCUCAUCUCGGAGACCUCCUGUGCAUUGACCUCCGAAUCGCAAGAUAGGUCUUUGGUGCACAACUGCUCGGACAUGAGGUUUCUGGACACUUGCACGAUCCAGUGCGCCUCGGGUUGGUCCUACUUUGGCCCAUCCGCAAGCAUGACCUGCCGUGCUAAAGGUGAACUGGAUGGCCGACUCCCUCAGUGCACCAAGGUCUCGUGCCCCCUGCACUCUGUGGAGACGGUGGAAGGCUGUGAUUGCAUCCAAGGCUACUCCGGCACCGUCACCUGGAAUUCACCGUCGCAGACUUAUUUAACAAGCUGCCAGGAGUGUGCUGGCUGCGGUGUGGGACAGUAUCGGUCUGAGUGCGGAGGCUCGACACCGGGCGAAUGCCGCAACUGCACGAAUGCCGGGCCUGGGUACUACUAUGUGUCAGAUGGUGGUGCACAGCCACAUGGCUGCCAAACGCAGCCCUGCGUCCAAUGCCCUACCGGACGUUACCCACGUGGGUGUGGGGGCAACUACCCAGGCAGGUGCCAGGAGUGCGUGAACAUGCCAAACGCCACUCCCUCCACGCAUUACUUCUCUUCAUCGGGUACCGUGGAUGGCAUCUGCGAGCUGCAGGACUGUGCGCCGGAUUGCGGCGUCGGCCAGUAUCGUGCGCUCUGCGGGGGUGUCAACCCUGGGUAUUGCCGCGCCUGCUCUCCGCCUGCGCCGGGCCAGUACCUUGCAAGCUCUGGUGGCUUGGAGGAUGCCUGCCUUACGCAAUCCUGCGGCGGCUGUGAGGUUGGUUUCUUCCGUGAUGGUUGUGAUAUGGCCAGCCUGGGUACGUGCGCACCCUGCACAAAUGGACCGCGCUACGGCUUCUUCUACAAUUCGUCCAGCAUUUUUCCGAAUGACUGCGAGUACCUUCAAUGUGGCGAGUGCCCUGUCGGGCAGUACCGUGCCAACUGCGGUGGUGCCAGUGACGGCUUCUGCCUACCUUGUACUAAGAUUCCCAACACAUAUUUUGUUGGCAGCGGUGGGCUUGUGGAUGCUUGCCCUUCGCGACCGUGUGCAGCAGAUGAGGAAGAGUGCGAGGUUGGAAUGUACAGACAAGGCUGCGGGUCGUUUGAAAACCCUUCCUCGCCUGGCACAUGCGCCAACUGCAGUGAGCACAAGCAAAGCUAUUUCUUUGUCACCAAUGGAGGCACAAGCAGCCGAGGUUGCAGUGAGGAACCGUGCCAGCGCUGCUCGGCCGGCUGGGUCCGGAUCGGGUGCGAGGGUGCCUCACAGGGCACCUGCGAGCGCUGCGACUACGAAGAGGGUUACUACUUCACUGGAGAUGGAGGUUUUGGCGAGCAAGGCCUGACGUGUCCACGCAGACUUUGUGUGCUAUCUUCGUCUGCAUGCUUCGCUGGCUACUACUUGAGCAGCUGCGGAUCCGAUGCGGACCACGUGAACCCGGGCACCUGUACAGAAUGUCCACCUGGGAGGUUCCAGGACGAGGUGAACCAAGACCACUGCAAGGAGGCACCAGCAGGAACCUUUGCUACACAGGCAGCUCAGAAUUACACAGAGUGCCAAAUUGGACACUACCAAGACCAGGCCGGGCAAAGCCAGUGCGAGAAGUGUGCCGGUGGCGGGUCCCGCAGGCGUCGGGCAGAGGGCUGUACAAGCUGUGACCCUGGAUGGUUCAACGAGGGCACGCAGGAUGACUGUCUCCAGUGCAAGGGCGGCUACGUUCACAAAGUCGAUGGCGUGCGCCUUGAGUGCUGGCAAUGUCCACAGGGAAAGUACGACGAUGGGGAUGCAGAUGAUUGUAAAACUUGUCACGGAGGAGACGUGCGAAGGCGUGUUGCAGCAGCUGAAGCAAGCCGGACCUUUGAGACCGGCGCCGUGCAGUGUACUCCGUGCUUGAGUGGCAAGUGGAAUCCAAACUCGGGUAUUGUUGCCUUGACUGAUUCGUGUGAUCUGUGCAUCGGACAGGUGGUCAGGGAUGCUUCGAAUAUG